UGCAGGGUGCGGCCGCUCAGCCGCCCGGACCAGGAAUGCUGCAUCGAGGUGAUCAACGAGACCACGGUGCAGAUCCACCCGCCCGAGGGAUACAGGAUAUUCCGCAACGGGGAGUACCGGGAGACACAGUAUUCCUUCAAAGAAGUUUUUGGCACCCUUGUUGUCCAGAAGCAGCUGUUUGAUGUGGUGGCUAAACCUCUGGUGGAAGAUCUGAUUCGUGGGAAGAAUGGUCUCCUUUUCACAUAUGGUGUGACAGGCAGUGGGAAGACCCACACCAUGACAGGCUCUCCUGGAGAUGGGGGACUCCUCCCACGGUGUCUGGAUAUGAUCUUCAACAGCAUAGGACCAUUCCAGGCCAAAAGAUUUGUGUUUAAGCUGGAUGAGAAGAAUGGUGUGGAUGUUCAGUGUGAAGUAGAUGCUCUGUUAGAGAGACAGAAAAGAGAGGCCAUGCCUGCUCCCAAAACCCCAUCCAGCAGGAGACAAAUAGAUCCAGAAUUUGCUGAUAUGAUCAACGUGCAAGAUCACUGCAAAGUGGAAGAAGUGGAUGAGGACAAUGUCUACAGUGUCUUUGUCUCCUAUAUUGAGAUCUACAACAACUACAUCUAUGACCUCUUGGAGGAAACUCCCUUUGAGCCUAUAAAACCCAAACCUCCACAAUCCAAAAUGCUUCGUGAGGACCAGAACCACAACAUGUAUGUCACAGGCUGCACGGAAGUCGAGGUGAAGUCCACAGAAGAAGCUUUUGAAGUGUUUUGGAGAGGCCAGAAGAAGAGGAGGAUUGCAAACACUCAGCUGAACAGAGAGUCCAGUCGCUCUCACAGUGUGUUUAUCAUCAAGCUGGCUCAGGCCCCUCUGGAUGCAGAUGGAGACAACGUGCUGCAGGAGAAGGAACAGAUCACUUUGAGCCAGCUGUCCUUAGUUGAUCUGGCUGGAAGUGAAAGAACCAACAGAACUAAAGCUGAAGGGAACCGGCUGCGAGAAGCAGGUAAUAUUAACCAGUCACUAAUGACAUUAAGAACAUGUAUUGAAGUUCUCCGGGAAAACCAGAUGUACGGCACAAAUAAGAUGGUUCCAUACAGAGAUUCCAAACUGACUCAUCUCUUCAAGAACUAUUUUGAUGGGGAAGGAAAAGUGCGUAUGAUUGUCUGCGUCAAUCCUAAGGCUGAGGACUACGAGGAGAGCUUGCAAGUCAUGCGCUUUGCAGAGAUGACCCAGGAGGUUGAAGUUGCCAGACCUGUGGACAGACCACUCUGUGGCUUGACACCAGGGCGGCGUUUCAGGAACCAGGCCUUCAGAGAGGAGCUCUCCAGGAAGCUGGAGAUGAGGGGUGGCCCGAUCAACGGAGAGCAAUCUGUUUCAGAAAUGUUUCUGCAGAACUUUCCUCCGUUGCCUUCGUGUGAGCUCUUGGAUGUUCAUGAUGAUCAAACACUUCCAAAGCUUAUUGAGGUCCUGGAAAAACGCCAGAAACUACGACAGAUGUUGUCAGAGGAGUUUGCCAAAAAUGUGCUGGCCUUCAAAACAAUGCUGCAGGAAUUCGACUCCAGUGUUUUAUCCAAGGAAAACUACAUUCAAGUGAAGCUGUCUGAAAAAGAGAAAACCAUAGCAGGCCAGAAGACAGAGCUAGAACGCCUGGAGAAGAAAAUUAAAACUUUGGAAUACAAGAUUGAUAUUUUGGAGAAAACAGCAACAAUUUAUGAAGAGGACAAACGUAACCUUCAGCAAGAGUUGGAAAGCAAGAGCCAGAAACUGCAACGUCAGGCUUCUGACAAACGUAGACUGGAGGCCAGAUUGCAGGGCAUGGUGGCAGAAACAACCAUGAAGUGGGAGAAGGAGUGUGUAAAGGGCUUCAUGUUUUUCCUCCCUUUUCUUUGUCGUGUGGCAGCAAAGCAGCUGGAGAUGCAGAACAAACUUUGGGUGAAAGAUGAAAAACUGAAGCAACUGAAAGCCAUUGUUACUGAACCCAAAAAUGAGAAGCCAGAGAGGCCUUCCCGGGAGAGAGACAGAGAGAAACCUCUUCAGAGAUCAGUGUCUCCCUCACCAGCUCCUCUUUCUAGUAACACUGCUCAGGUCCCUAACAGCCAGAGGCUCCCGAGCCACCCGCAGCUCCACAGACGUUCUAAUUCUUGUAGCAGCAUUUCUGUGGCCUCCUGUGUCAUGGAAUGGGAGCAGAAAAUCCCUCCACACCUGCAGAGCAGUGGCACACCUCAUGCCAGGAGUAGAAGACAGGAACCAGGACAAACUAGAGACUAUAACACCUCAGAGAGAAGGAGAGGGAUGUGCUGGACUGGAGUCAUUGAGGUUCCCAGGAGUAGAGAUGAGCUAGAAAUGGAAGAGGAUCAAUGCUGCAGGGGUGAUGUUUUCAAAACCAGGGGUGGUGGACAGGCUGUGCAGUUCACAGAGGUAGAGACUCUGAAGCAAGAAUCUCCAACAGGUAGUCGAAAGAGAAGAUCAUCCCCUUGCAACCCUGACCCCCCUGAGGAGGCUGCAGACUCUGAAUGGACUGAUGUAGAAACCAGAUGUUCUGUGGCAGUGGAGAUGAGGGCAGGAUCAGCCCUUGGACCUGGAUAUCAGCAUCAUGCUCAGCCCAA